GCCGCGCCCCAGCCGCCGGGUUAGUGGCCCAGCCUCAUUCAAACCCAGCGCCCGGGACGCCCGCCGGCCGCAGGUAAGGGGCUCCCGAUGACCUCGCGUGCCCGCGGGGAGGGGGCGGGCGAGCUGCGCCCCUUCUCUUCCUUCUCUUCUUCCUUCUCCUCCUCCUCCGGGCCACGCAGGCCGCGCGGGUAGCGGCGCCCGCCGACAUCUUCCCUCGCCCCCCUCGCGGGGCCGCGCAACGUUCGGGGCCGGGCCGCCGAGUGACAGCCGCCCGCCGGGCCGCCCGGGUGCUUCGUCCCACGCCCCCGCCCGGGGACGCAUCCUCGCCCGGCACCGGUGCGCUCCGCUGGGCACGGCCGAGGGGCGGCACUGGGCCAGCGGCAGCGUUUCGGGGGUUCCCGGAGCCGCCCGGUCCCUCCUGUAAGCGGAGCGACGUAGGCGCCUUUAAUGCACGCUUUCUAGACCUUUCUUUGCUGAGCUGCGGCCAACAGCAGCUCUUUCAUAGCAAGUUCAAGUUUAGGCCCGUUUCCAACAGGCCCUAAAACUGCAGAAUUCAACAGAGGCAUACAUAAAGCCAAACAAUUAGACACCAUUUUUCAGCUACGGUGAAGGAGACAGGGCUCUAAGCUGGGGUGCGUAUACCAGAGCUAAGGAAGAGCAGGCUCGCUGUUGAUAGGGAGCAUGUUGGCAACCAAGCUGUCCCGGCCUCUCCUGAACCUCCCUGUAAAAACCCUGACUGUCAAGAAUCCAGGGAACAGCUUCAGACCUGUGCAAAGAUUUUGCUUCCCCGUCUUGUCCUCAUGUGGCAGCCGCUCUUAUGCAAGUGAGGUUGAUCAGAUUGGCAGCAGAGCUGUGCUUAUAACAGGCUGUGACUCUGGGUUUGGAUUUGCCUUGGCCAAGCACCUACAUACUAAAGGCUUCAUUAUCUAUGCUGGCUGCCUGCAAAAGAAUAAAGGAGAGGGUGGCUCCAAGGAUCUGGACAAUAUGAACAGUGACCGAAUGAGAACUGUGCAGCUCAAUGUCUGUGACAGCAAAGAGGUGGACCGAGCAGUGGAGCAUGUGAAUAGCAGCCUGGAGGACCCAGAGAAAGGGCUCUGGGGGCUGGUUAACAAUGCUGGGAUCUCCACGUUUGGGGAGGUAGAGUUCACCAGCAUGGACACCUACAUGGAAGUAGCCGAAGUGAACCUCUGGGGGACCGUGCGAACCACCAAGGCUUUCCUCCCACUCAUCCGGAGGUCAAAGGGUCGUGUAGUGAACAUCAGUAGCAUGAUGGGUCGGAUGGGCAGUCCUGCCCGGUCACCGUACUGCAUCACCAAGUUUGGUGUGGAAGCCUUCUCUGACUGCCUGCGGUACGAAAUGCAGCCCCAGGGGGUGAUGGUCAGCAUCGUGGAGCCUGGCAACUUCAUAGCUGCCACCAACCUGUACAGCCCCGAGCGAAUCAAAGCCAUCGCCGAUAAGAUGUGGGACGAGCUCCCCGAGAUAGUGCGCAAAGACUACGGCAGAAAGUACUUUGAUGAGCAGGUCAGCAAGAUGGAGACGUACUGCAACAGCGGCUCAACAGACACCUCCCCCGUCAUUGAAAGCGUCGCCCACGCGCUCACCUCCACGGCCCCCUACACUCGCUACCACCCCAUGGAUUACUACUGGUGGCUGCGCAUGCAGAUCAUGACGCACAUGCCUGCAGCCAUUUCAGACCGGCUCUAUGUCUAUUGAGGCCUCACACUCCUAGGCUACCCCAGGGGGGGGGGGGGAUUUUGUUUUAAGGAGAGCAUUGUACACAAUUCCCAUUUUUUUAAUUUUUUCUAACCUCAUUUCAGAGUACUGUAGCUCUAAAGGGUUCAUUUAAACACCUGACAUAACCUAAAGGGCAGUAACUUGCAAGGGAUGCUUCAUAGGCAGGAAUGUAUUAUGUUUGCAGGGACAUUGUUUCUUUGCUAUUUAUUUCAUGUGAUCUUGUUAUUUCCACCUCGAAUGCCGAGAUAAAAUCAUUAGUGAAAUAUCAAUUGCUCUGAAAUGGUACCAGAAUAAUUUCUGCUGUUGAUCAUCCACAAUCUUCAGAAUUCCUGCUUAAGACGCAGCCUUCACACCAUAUAGCAGAGGCCCUCCAUGCUGUAGUGGCAAACCUCUGCCUCCUGAUGACUGGGAGCGUCCAACAGGCUUUCCCAGGCCUGGUCACAGUAGCCCAAAGCAAAGCAGAGGCUUCUUUAAUUUGGGGAUCAGAACUCAAAACACAGUGUUGAAACCAAGCAACUGACCAUAUCCCUUUUUCUCGUAGAAUUGUACCAAUAAUUACUAGGGAAAGGAACCAGCCUGCUUUUCUUGCAUGCUUUCUUGCAAAGGAAGGAAGGAGCUCAGUGGUAGAGGGACUCCGUUUGGCAGAACCCUCCCACAGAAGUUUCUUAAUCAUAUGAGCAUUCCCAUGAGCGUGAGGAGCUUUAUUGACAGGACUGCAGUCAUCAGGAUUGGCCCAUAGUAACGUUUCUCUUCUCUUCAACAGUAGUUGAACAUCAACUCCAGACUUCAUUUGGAGUAGAGUUUCACUCCAUCUCCUGUAGUUUGAGAGGGUCACCGUUGAUCAGAGGGAAGCAAAGAGGGUUAUAGUAGCAUUACUGAAUGCCAUUUUUGCCAGAGACUUCAAUGUGUUACAGCAUAGCAUUUGUGCAGCACCUUGCACAGAAGGGCCUUAACCCUCUCCGGGGUCUGUAGGCACGAUCCCAGUGCAGGUGCUGCUCAUAGUACUAACUUGAUUGAAGGAUUCACCGAGCCGAAGUACCUCUAGCAGGAUAUAAAUCUAACAAACCGUCCAUAACAUUAGAAAGGUAACUUUUAGAGCAGUUUCAUUUCCAUGGUGGUUAUGUUUACAUUUGUUUUGUACUGAAAGGAAAGGAUGGGAGAAAGAAAAAGCCACAAAAGAGCCUUUCAUGGGGAAGUGUGGAAAGAGUUAAUUUGUUUAAGCUCAAAAGGCAAAAAACAAAGUAAUUAAGAUAACUGUUGUUAGCAAGUUGAAGAGAAGGGAUCUCAUGUGCUCCGGUGACAUACCAUGACAUGACUGAACUCCUUUGGCUUAAUAAAUGUGUACAUGGAUGGUAACAAAA